GUAACAACCAUGGACUAAUGACGUCAUCGGGAUGCAACUGCCAUGACUCCUGGUCGGGUGAAAUAUGUCAAUAUCCACCUGGAUCAGGGCACUAUGAUCACUGUCAUCAACACUGUGCACAUGGGACAUGUGUCGGACACCGUGGUAACAAUGGCUAUUAUUACAACUGUAAAUGUGACGACGGCUGGCAUGGUUCUGACUGUACGCAGGAAUAUGCACCACAUGGGACGAUACAGUGUCACAAUACUUACUGUGUUCACGGGACUUGCGGGUAUCAUUACGAUCAGUCUGGGCAUCGGUGGGAUUACCAUUGUGUCUGUCAUCAUGGAUGGGAUGGCACGCACUGUGAUCAACAUUUAACGACCGUGUCAUCGACAACACAUUCUGUGACUUCUCCAACCACAACAGCUAUGUCGUCAUCAACAACAACACAAACAACAACGACGCAAAGAACAACGACGCAAACGACUUCACCCCCUGCCUCAGCAACAUCGUCUUAUGCCCCGACCUCUACAUCGUUUUCAGCAAAAAUUACCACUUCCUCUAUUUCUUCUGUAGCGCCUUUGUCAAGUUGUGAUCAAGUUAGUACAUUAAGUGCAAUCGCUAGCCAAACAACAGUUGCCAAUCAGAAUGCGAUAGAAUGUACUCCUAGCAGUCACACUUCGCACGAAGCGUUUGUACUCACAGAAUGUUCCGUACCACAGAAUCCAUCGUCAUGGCAACAGGGUGUUAAUGUAAUGGCUGACUGUGCUAGUUCGGUUGCCAUACCAACCUACACACCAGUUGCAGCUUAUGACCAUGGCUCUUAUUCUUCUGUCUGGAGUUUGUCCGGAAUCUUCCUUGGAUGUACAAGUAAUGGCUUCAAGAUUGCUCUACAGACAUGCGGCCAAGCUCCAUAUAUCGCUGAACUGCAGCUUGGAGGUAGCAACACACAGAAUCCAAACAUGUAUUACACAAUAUCGUAAACGGAUUAAAAUGUUCGCCACUUUGAAAAUAAACCAGC